CAGCUGUUACAUCAAAAGCCACGCCUGCGUAAGACAUAAACGCAAAAAAUGCGUGUCCUCAUCCCUGCUUAGACAUGAGAAGUUACAAGAUCAGGGAAGCAGACAGCUUAAGUGACGGACAGUGGCGAAAGGACUUCAGAUGAGGAUCAGCAAAUAGAAGAGACCAAAUCUAUUUCGUGUAUGAACACUGAAAUUCAGAGCUGAGAAGUGACAGAUAUUUUAAUGCAUAAGAGACGCAACUUGUUGCUGAUUACUUUCAUAAUCAUUUCGUCUUCUUUAUUUUACAUUUCCGUCAUAAACAACGGAACCACUUUCUCCUCCGCAAUCAUCUCUGCUGAUACUUACAAAAUCACUUCUGCUCUUUCUGAAAUAUCCACUUCGAAUGAAGCCUUUACUGAAGAAUGUGCUGAAAGUAAACUUAUGUACGGAAAUUACUGCGUCCUUAGCCCAUACAGUGAACCUAAAAGAAACAUUGAAUAUGAAUCUUUGGUUACGCUAUCUACUCAAAGCACUGUUGAAUUCCUUCACCAUGUGCCAGUGUUAUGUCAGAGAUGGUCUGGACCUAUAUCAGUAGCAGUCUACAGCCCCGUUGAUGAUUAUCUCGAUGCUCGUCGCUUGGUUCAUGCACUCCGACACUGUGAUUUCUGCACGCGAUAUUGGGUAGAGUGGCAUUUUUUUUUCCAAAAGCAAGAAAUUCCUUUCUUUAUGGACACGCAGCUCCCUCAAGAUUGUCAGUCAUUGAUGGAUUUCAAACUUAAAAAGAGAAGAUCUCAAGGUAUUUAUCCGAUCAACGUGGGAAGAAAUAUAGCAAGAACAAAAACUGAAACCCCGUAUGUGUUCUCAAUAGACAUUGAACUUUAUCCCAGUUUAGGCAUUCUCUCGAAGUUUGAGCGAAUGGUCAAUUUAAAGCGUCCUUCUGAAGUUCCUCAAGUAUGGGUUGUACCAGUAUUUGAAGUUCAUUCCCAGUUUAGAGCUCCAUUCACAAAGUCAGGGUUGAGAAGCAUGUACCUAAAAAAGCAAGCUAUAUCUUUUCACAAGUACAGAUGCGAUGUAUGUCACAGAAUCCCUAAUGUGACGGAGUGGAUCCAAUACAAGGACAGCUCUAACUCAGAAGCUGCUGAAUCUUUAGAACCUUUGAAGAUAUGGACUACAGUGAAGAGAAAUCGCCAUUUUCGACUUGAUUCGUGGGAGCCUUUCUUUAUAGGAACUAGAGAAGACCCUGAAUUUGACAUAAGAUUAUCCUGGGAAGGAAAACAAAAUAAAAUGCAAGUGGCUUAUGAAAUGUGCUUGAUGGAUUAUGAUUUCCAUAUCAUACAAAAUGCUUUCCUUGUUCAUGCGCCAGGCAUAAAUAUUUAUAACGUUUCAGAAGCCAAACUGAAAUCAAAAUACAUGUGGGAGAACCAGAAACUUAUGUCAGUAAUUAAAAACAAUUUAAUAAAGAAAUUCGGCCAUAAAAAGGAUUGCUGAUAUUUAAAAAAAAUUAAUGCAUGAGCAAAACGAUGUGAUGUUCCUAAAUUAUAGAAUUUUAAUGUAUAAUUUUUUUAAGGAAUUGUAUAGCAUUUAGUUUAGUAUAUUUCUGUAGACAUUCACACACAGUAGAAAAUUGUUUGCAUUAUAACAUACUGCCUAACACAUUUAUAAUGAUUUUUUUUUAAAAAUAAAGUUGGAACUGUACACAGAAAGAAACUGAAAGAGAUGUAGCAGUUAAGCUUAGUUUAAUAGUUAAAAUGAUAUGCUCAGGAAAUGUAUUCAAUAAUAAUUUUUUAAUAGAUUUCCAUCUAAAACUGUUAUGAAAUUGCAUUUAAUUCAUGCAUUAAUAAUAUUGCGUAUAUUUCUUAGUAAAGUCAACUUUUUGAAAACAUUCUAUACUGUAAAAUACUACAUGAACAGUAUUUAUGGCAUAGGCUAAUUUAACACUUACUAUUGCAUAAUGCACUAAAUUAUGUUUGACUGCAUUUUAACAUAGGAUAAUUAUCCUAUGUAAAUUCCUCAUAUGGUCAACAGACUGCCUGUGAUCAGUUAUAUGAUUUUCAGCUGUGGCUAUCAGAUACUUUUAUAAACAACAUGCACAUCAUCUCAAAACAGCAGGACAGUUUAAUUUUCAAUAAAAUUUAUACAUUUGUGGUACUACAGUUUUUAAUUUCUUUAUUAUGAUCUAUUAUCAAACUGUAUUUUGUGGUACUACUAUCAAAAAGUUGGAAGCUUGCUACCGACUAAUUUUUCGCCAAGUUAAUGAACAAAAGGCAACAGCCAUUUUCAAAAUGACAGCACUAUAUGAAUUCCAUACAUCAAUCGCUCAAUUAAAUUAAAAAAUAUCAGGAAAAAAGAAAACCUACCAUUUCCAAGAAAUUCCUUUUUUUUGUGCUGUUGUUUUCCUGAUGAACACAGCUAUUUUUUUACACCUAAAAAAAAAUCAGAGUAUUGUAUAAACUUGAUCAGAACAAACAUGAUACAUGCAUACCUGGGGCUGCCACAUAAAUACUUCUCGGCAACAUGCUGCUUUCUCUCAUGAACGCUUUUUCGCAACUUUUUGUCAAAGGUGUAGAUGAUCAGAAAGUACCUUGUUUAUUAAUAUGACUAAUAUUUUAUACUUCAUUUCUCCUCACAAUUACUAAUUAGUCUUUCUUUAGACUAAUUAGUAAUUUGUUUAUUUUCAAAAUUUAUUCCACAAAUUUCUUUAUUUGUAAAUUUGGAUAGGUUGCUUGGGAAUAAUUCCUUAAUAGGUUUUCAAUUUUUUAACAAUAAAAGGGUUGAUUUCAAUUAAACAUUUCAAUAACAAACAAUUAACCAUUCUUGUUAUAUACAGUUGGAUUUCUUUUUACAUUCUCAUUCUGUUAUGAAACAUAAUUGCUUUUCAAAACCACUCCUUUUUUAAAGGUAAAUAUCUAAGAUAUUUAUAGACAUAACUCUUUUACUAAAUACUAUCAGAAGAAAAAAUAAUCAGUUUAUAGAUCCUGUCUCACAUUCUUUUUUUUAGCAAUUUUUUAUUCCAUAAUUUGCAAAUAUGUAAAUAGCACUUAGUAAAAAUGAAUUUAAAAAUUAACGCAAAACUUCAGAUUAACAUUUUGCUAUUUGUUACUCAUUUGUAAUAAUUUCAUACUCCAAAACUACAAUCUCACUGAAAUACUUAACUAAUAUCGUGAUACACAACUCCAGUAUAUAGUAAACAUUUACUAAAGGCUCAUCAGGUUUUUUUUUUUUUUUUUUUUUUUUAAAUUGCACGAGAUAUAGUUUUAGUAAUUCUGAGCUCUGUCUUGAACACUCUCAUGGACUAUAUUUUGGAAACGUAUUCAAGCUGUAGUAUAUUUGGCAGCUUUUUAUCACUUUGUGUUUCUUCUGCAGCUGUUAAGUUUUGAAUUUUUAAUUCUUAAAUUUAACAUUGGCAAAAAAAAAAAAAAAAAAAAAAAAAAACUUAAAAAAAAAAAAAAAAAACUCUUCUUACGUUAAUAUGUUGGCAUAGAGUCUACAAAAUAAAUUAAUUCUUUAUACAGAUAACAUUCAUAAAUAAUGUGCAUAACUGACCUGGAUUAACCAUGUACUACAAAAUUUGCACCCACAUUUGAAAUGGAUUAACUUUCAGUUAUCUUACCCUCUCUCUGUCUCUUCAUGUAAUAAGAAUCUAGUGGGAAACUGAAAUUUAUUAUAAUUAAUGCAUGUCUUUCAAAAAUUAUAAUUAAAUGUACAUUACUUGCUUGUAAAUGCUUACAAUGUCUAUGUAAAUAAAACUGUUACAGUUUC